UUUCUCGCAGUCGCCUCAGCUACCUCUAUAUAGUAUGAGUCGAUGUCGCAACAACACGCUCGCAUAUCGGCGAAGUUUCGUGCUAAUAUGUCUCUCUCUCCCGCGGUCACCGUCAUAUCGUCAGAGUUUGGAAUUGAUUGCGCUCUGGUGGAUACGAGUACGAGUAGCUUAACUAUCUGUUAUUACUGUAUACAAGCCAGUCGUGAACAAACAUUACCACUUUACAGAGCGAACCGAAUCGGUACAAGUGGCGAAAAAAAUUCACCGCAAGUUUUCGCAGAAUGUGUGCCGAGUUUCAGUGCUGCUUUUUAGUGUCAUGUGCUUAAACGAUGUGGUUUUAUUUAUCACUUAUCGUUUUUGUUUAAUGAAUUGAUUGAUAAGAUUAGAUGUUGAUCGAGGUGACGUGAGACAACGCGGUUGGUUUCGGGAAGAUUGAUCCGUUGGACGGAUAUAUCCUGUGUUAGUUAGUAGGUCCGAAACGAACGCAAUCAUGGUUAAGGAUCGCUUGCACGAGUUGAAAAGUAGGAGUAAAUACAGUAGCGAUGUCAGCCUGGAGCUGGUUCCGUCGAAGUCGCAGGAAGAAAUUUUCUGCAAUCUGGAAAAGUUUUCAGAAAUCAUCGGAUGGAUUCGAUUGAUUCGGAGCAACACGGAUGAGAUGCGCCGCGACGUUUCAGUGGCGUCGUUCCACUAUAAUGAUAAGGAGAUUCGCACUAGGGUAGAGAAAAAGAUGGAUCAUAGUAUCGAGUUAUGCAAAAACAUCCAUGCUGCCAUUAAAAAAUUGCACUCCGAGCUCGAGGAGGAUGAUCGACGGGGGAGCGUCCUGUUUCGGAUAAAGCAUACGCAGUUCCUAGUGAUAAAAGACGACUACCUGAACGCUUACCGGGAGCAUGAGGAGUUUGUUACGUAUUAUGAGGAUAAAAUAAAAAACCUUAUGAAAAUGGAAGCCAAAGCUAUGAGCUAUAACAUCACAGAUGACGAGGCGUUGGAGAUGCUUGCCAACAAUCACACGUCUCCGUUUGUGGGGAACAUUCUCGAAGAAACGGAAAGAGAGCGACAGAUACUACGGGACAUCAUGUCUCGGCAUUCGCAGUUGGCUCAGCUGGAAAAAUCACUGGUGGAGAUCCGGGACAUGUUCGUGCGGAUAUCGACACUGGUAAUGGAGCAGGGAAGUUUGGUUCAGGUCAUUGAAUACCACGCCCAACAAGCUCUGAUGAACACGGAUCAUGGCGCGCAUCAGCUAGAGAAAGCUCGCGAAUACAAACUGAAAGCAAUGAAAAAGAAGACUUGUAUACUAAUAUGGGUUAUUGUGAUCCUCGCGGUUCUGGUACUGCUAAUGAUAAUAUUCUAGACUAAUACAGACAUAAGGGUUCAUUGAAAACGCCUCUAAGUAGUCACCCCGUGUAGAGAAACUGGCCGACUGUAAGAAUUACAGAGCGUAGAAAGAAUCGUGCUACAGGGUUCAUAACUGCGGACUGCGAUAUUAUCGAAAUCUAUUAUCAUCAAUUAGUGGAGCAGAUAGUCUCCGUUUUGCUUGGCGAACUUUACACAGUGGACAGUGGAUGCUGUAAUGAUCGUUUUGCGAGUUCACUCAUGUGUUAUUUAGUUUUUCGGUUCUGAUAAAAUGACUAGAGAUCGGCUCGGUGAACUGUUGGAGGUUCGUGGAAUAGUAAAAUCAAUAGUGAAAUCAAGGCAAUAUUCAAAUCUAAACUUUCAGAAAAGUACCUACAAGGAUUUCGAGUAUGAAUUUGUGCAGGAACAUGAGUUUUGGACACUUUAUAAUCAGGAGCGAAUUCUAGAGGAUUUAGACCGGGUAAAUUGUGACGUUUUGUUGUAGGAUCUAUUUUAUGUCAAACAGGCGAUAGUUUUCAGAUAUUGCAGGAUGGAUUCGGAACUUAAAGCAGAAUAUUUUAAAAAUAGAGGUGAAUAUUUUUUCCGAGGGCUUCACGAAAGUAGGAUGUGAGUUGAAGAAAAAUGCUGAUCUCUGCUAUCGGAUCUACACAGCUGUAAUACAAAUGCAGGUGGAGCUGCAGAAUCAACAGUGGCGUAAAGAGGAAGAAAUUGUCAGUCGCGUCCGAUCGGUGCAGUUUCAGCGGAUAAAGGAAGCCUACCUGCAGACGUACUGGAAGUAUCAGUCAGUUGUACAACGAUUCGAGGAUUCCAUCACUAAGAAUUGUAUUCGUAGGUGAACAAUAUUUUGAAAUGAUCAAUCAAAUGUUAAAUUUGGUGAUUUGAUAAUAGUGUAUUUCAACGAAAGCUGCGAAGAGUGUGCUCCUAGUGAAAGUCUCCUGCAACCGGAGUCCGCAGUUUCACGUGAGACUCUAGAAGAAGCUCAGAACACUCUAAAUGCCAUAGAGGAUCGUCAUCGAGAUCUUUUGAUGUUGGAACGAUCACUGGAACAAAUGCGGGAUCUGUUUGUUCUGUUUUCUACACUGUUGAUGGAGCAUGGCAGUCUUCUAGCUGGAAUCGAAAGCAAUGUUCAGAAUGCCUCGAACCAAGUGGCAACUGCUGUGCAGCAAUUGGGAGCCGCACGACGGUACCAGUGGAAAGCUGCGGAUCGAAGUUGUUUCUGCUUCAAUCGAAUGGGCUUGAUGCUUAUAGUGUUGGCAAUGCUGACAGUGAUCGCAGUCAUAUUGAUUGUUAAAAAAAUUGUAUUAUAACUAGGCUGUCAAAAGUUUACAAGAAUAAAUUCCAACGGACGUAAUUAGGUAACAUAAGGUAUGCAACAAGA